AUGGAAGUUUUGAGCCAUAUGUUAGUCAAAGCCAAUGAAGGUGGCCUGCUUAAGGGGCUUAUCAUCGAAUGGAACAACGAGAUCCUAGUGAUCUCCCACUUGCUUUUUGCAAAUGAUACUAUUAUUAUUUGCUAUGAUGACCUUGUCCAAAUCCUUAACCUCAUAUGCAUUCUUCUUGGUUUCAAGGCAGUUAUAGGUCUAAAGGAGAAUUUGGAUAAAAGAGAAAUCAUCCCAAUGGGGCCUAGUGAUAAUGGACCUUUUCUUGCAGGCAUCUUAGGCUGUAAUCUUGGGAUCUUUCCCAUUUCUUACCUGGGCCUCCCCCUAGGUGCCAAGUUUAAAGACAAGGGUGUUUGGGAUCCCAUAAUUGGCAGUUUUGGAAGGAAACUAGCUGGAUGGAAAAGCAACUAUAUCUCAAAGGGUGGCAGAUUCACGCUCAUCAAAAGCAGUUUAGCUGAUCUUCCUGUCAGUGGACCAUGCCUCAUCGAAGUUGGGUCCAAGACCGUUACAUUUGGUAUCAGAGCCACCCUGGGGGGUACUAUUAUGUGGGACAAACCCAUAAGGCCAGUGGGCCAAGGUGGGCAAUACCUCACCGGAGUUGGGCCUAAGACUGUUACAUACUUUAUGACUUUGUUCCCCAUCCCUAGUGCUAUUUCCAAAAGAUUGGAAGGGAUCCAAAAAAGAUUCCUUUGGGGGAACACAGGAGAAGAGUUCGAGUAUGAUGUUGUAAAAUGGGGGCUUGUCAAGCGACCUAUGCAAACGGAAGGGCUCAAACUUAGAUCCCUCCUCACCUUCAACAAGGCUCUCUUAGGAAAAUGGCUGUGGCAUGUAUGA